CCGUAGCUCCCGCUCUGCCACCAGGUAGCUUCACUCUGGUCAAGGCUGUUCUUAUCGUCAGCACCGGAGGCUUGAGUACUUAGUCCGUUUCUAUGUUUGUAUGGCCCUCACACAGUCUGCGCGACACCCGGGGGCUCCUUCGUGGGACGAUGAAGUUGUACCCGCUUUGCGCAAAAGAUUGGAAGGCGAGAGCCGAAUGCUGUCGAGGCGAAUCUCCGCCGCCGUCUCGAUAUCUUCCAUAGAAGACGCCGAUAUAGCCUACCAGGCGCGACCAUCGUACUCCCAGACCUCGUCUUCCGGACGCUCUGAGGCACCACGAAUAGCACAUUCCGACGUCACAACAUCUACUCAGCGCGCUAGGACGUACUCUCAGCCCAAGUUGUCCGAGAUUUCUACAGGGAGAUUGAGUUCCUCCCGUGACCCCAAGCCGACGCGGAUACCAAAGGCUACGAGAGGCCGAGAAGGAAGCAUCACAACUGGUGGGGCCAGUAACAACACGUCUCCAUACUCGUCGCCCCACGUCCCAUCUGAAGGCUUCUCGGACUCACGCGGCAGGGAUGACGCUUUGGUCAUUCCAGCUGCCCUGGCGAAUAAAGCAUCUCAUGACACGAUCCAUAUUCCACACCAUCAAACUUCGGGUCUGCUCAACGAACCGGCACCAUUUGGCUCUGGCCCUUCGUCUGCCCACUCGCACGGCAUGGAAGACGCGCCGCGACCGUCUGUCGAUUCCGAAGAACGACCAUUCGAGCAUUGGUAUCGGGGCGAUGUGUCCCGAAAUGGAGGUGUGGGCGAGCUGAAGGUCGGAAAGAGGGCGGAAAUGUUGGAAAUCGCUAAUUAUGGGCAUACACUGAGGCAAAGACAAGCCCUGGCUGCUUCGCGCGAGGCUGAGCUUGCGACACCGCGGCGGCGAAAACGGUCAGAAAGUGCCGCGGACAUGCGGCCAGGCAGUGUUUAUCUCGACGAGGAUCAUGCAAACAACGUGGGCCGGGUGCUUGACGAGGGACCCCUCACAGAUUUGGACACCGAGAUGUCAGAUGUGGACGCGACGAUGCAGUACGGCCUGUCCGUCGACCAUUCUGCCGGCGACCAUUCUUAUCGCAGCGUAACCCCCACACAACUCCGAACACCCACGAAGCAGACACGAAAGACGCGGAUACCAUCACCAACACCACCAGCCGUUCAACGGGGAGCAAGCGAACCACCUUCUGUGCCGGCUUCCUCCUCGUUGUCUCAGGCGGGGCGUCAAAUCCAGAGCUCGUCGCGAGCCACGACAACUUCGCCUCCGCCGUCGGCAAAGAAACCACGUACAACGGCUACACCGAAACCAAAGCCGAAACCAGCCAAAUCCGUGCGAUCUAAGACUGUUGACGACUCGAAUCGCAGAAGUGUUGCACAUUAUCCGUCACCUGGAGGUGACGAUGAGGAGGAUAUGGCAGAUGCGAUCCCGUCUUGGACGCAACCUGUUAAGCCUGCGACUGGACGAUGGGAUGAUGUUGUUCUGCCUGUCGUCGCACGUAAGAAAGGGUUGGACGGGCAUUAUGAGCAGGCGGAUGGUAGUCCCAAACCCAAGACACAGGACUCGGCGAUUGCACCAGCGGCAGGUACCUUUGCCUGGGACCAUACCAAGUACCGACCCCCUCGUGACGGCGAUAUACCAUUGGAUGAGUUUGGCCGACCAUUGGACCCGGAGGCUCCGGAUGGCGAUACCCUGACUGAUGAUGCUCAAUACCCUCCGAACGAACACGAACGCACCCCAGUUGGACCCAAGCAAACUACCCUCGAACCUCCCCGCAGUCCUGCACCCUUUUCGCAUUACCGGGAUCUGCCGAACACUGCAAAUAUGACCGCCGUAGCAGAACCUUUUUCAGCUCCCGCGCAGAACGAACCGAAGAGGCCGCCAGAAGAUGAAGAUGGAGCUGGCUGUUGCCAGUGUGUUGUUAUGUGAUGCAGAGUUAGUUAUCUUUUCUGUGCUCUUGUUUUCUUUUUGCUUACCGGUCCAUCCUACGGAAUUUUUGACGCUCGUUUCAUUUCCGCACGUAUCCCACACACAUUCGUUCAUUGGAUUAUGUACCCAUAAAUACCUACCCUUCGGUUAAUUUGCAUUAGGUUAUGGCGGUUACGCCCGCAACGUCUCGGUCCGAUCCUGCGUACAAUAUGCCUCGGGGAUGGCGGGUGACGUUGGUUGCUUACUGAACAUCCGUCCCUUCCCGAGGACUGUCGGGGGUGACAUUGACUAUCCACCGAGUCGAUGUUGGCAUACCAGCGAGCACAGGCACUUCUUGAGCUUCACACCAAAGAAAAUACCCAAGUCACUACCCCCCAUGCAGUCGGAGGUCCCUCGACUCUGCCGAGCAGCUUGAAAGUUCAUCUGAACUCUGCGCAUUCACAAGCGCCCUUUAGUUUCUGGCCCGGCAUUCCAAGGGAACUCAGAUCAGGGCCAUCAACGCAUCGGAUUAGAGUAGAACGCGGCUGGUUGCAUACGGUGCCCAGGCGGUAAAACGGACGGCGAGACAGCGUAUUGAACUUCCAGCUUGCUGUCCGUUGCUACAGUGAGUCAACUACAGACUUAUAUAUUGUCAAUACAAGUCCAACAGGGUCGGCAGAUGUAUAAGGAAAGAGUCCGAGUAGAGGCCCGAGUGCCAGUGUGAUGAGUAGGUUCCAAUGAAGGCCUUGGCGCUGAUACUAAUGAGACCGAAGGCGGGCGAAA